ACGAGUAGUGGUAAAAUAGACGCGGGAAAGAGGAGAAAUUUAAAGUGGCUAUUAGUACUAUUUGCCCCCUGUCACUAUUUGCCCCCUCCUUCCCUUAUGAUAUUAAUUGAUUUAGAGACCUUAGCACGGAAAACAUGCAGUACUUGAACGUCGAUCAGGCUCUCGCCGAUCUCGCUUAUUUCAUAGAAACGAAGAAAGAGGAGAAUAAUUUAGAAAAGAGUAUCGUGAUAGUAGUCGGUGGUUCUUACGCUGGAAACAUGGCGGCGUGGGCGCGUCUCAAAUAUCCUCACCUGAUCCAAGGUGCCUUAGCUAGCAGCGCGCCAGUUCAAGCAAAGCUCGAUUUUUACGAGUACUAUGAGGUCGUGGCGAAAUCGCUCAGCAGACAUAGUGAAAAUUGCGUUAAGAGUGUCAAAACUGCAUUUACAUCGGUAGAGAAAUUAUUGACCACACAAGGCGGUGCAAAUAUACUUAAACAUCUCUUCAAGCCCGGCGUUUUAUGUGUGGAUUGUGUGGAGCAAUCCACAUCCCAAAAUCAGAUGAGUGUGAAUUUCCACACCCGAAAAAAUCCACAUUCACGUAAAUUACAUAUCCAUAGAGAUUUAACGGAAGCUGUAAUGGAUGACAUUGAUAAAUUAUUAAAUGAAUUUAUAAGUAAAAAUAAUUAUAGAGCAUCCAUGUUUUUAAUUAUAAAAAAUAAAUAAUUAAAUUUUAAAAGAAAAAAUUUGUGUACUUGAAAAUUUUAUCAACUACUGGUGGAAUGGGG